GACUUGCGGCGUUUUGGGUAGUUUUUUAUACUUCUUUUGGGAGCAAUGGCCCGUACGAAGCAGACAGCUCGCAAGUCGACUGGCGGGAAGGCGCCUCGCAAGCAGCUGGCGACCAAAGCCGCCCGCAAGAGCGCGCCGGCCACGGGCGGCGUGAAGAAGCCUCACCGCUACCGGCCGGGCACCGUGGCGCUGCGCGAGAUCCGCCGCUACCAGAAGUCGACGGAGCUGCUGAUCCGCAAGCUGCCUUUCCAGCGCCUGGUGCGCGAGAUCGCGCAGGACUUCAAGACGGACCUGCGCUUCCAGAGCUCGGCCGUGAUGGCUCUGCAGGAGGCGAGCGAGGCUUACCUGGUGGGCCUGUUCGAGGACACCAACCUGUGCGCCAUCCACGCCAAGCGCGUCACCAUCAUGCCCAAGGACAUCCAGCUCGCCAGGCGCAUCCGCGGAGAGAGGGCCUGAGAAGCGCCCGCCCGCGUCCCCAGAACACGAACCUUGUUGCACCACAAAGGCUCUUUUAAGAGCCACCACAUGGUCUUGGAAAAGAGCUCGCACGAUGCUAAAUUACCCCUUGCAGCUUUCCGGUACGUCGUAUGUUAGUAAGGGGAACUAACUAGGAAGGUAACAAAAAGAUACAAACUAUGAAAAUGACCAUGGGAAUGGGAAAUUUGGUACUUAAAGGCUCUUUCUAAAAUGAAGCUGGGAAGCCCCGAAAAGGGAAUGUAUCCUGUUCAGCUGGCGAUGGCUUUAGCCUUUUACUUGUUAAGGAAAAUGCUAAUCCCACCCCCUGGAAUUAAAUGGGAUUGAAAUAUGCUUCGCUAUUUCAUUGUAUAAAUAGUCUUGUUUUUAUGCUGCUUAUCCUAACUGAAUAAUACACCCCACCUUCCCCAAAUAAUUAAGAUUGAAGAAGUUUAGAGGUGCUGUUUACAGUAGGACUGCAUUCAGAAAGCCACAAAUUACUCGAUUAAUCGUGUUGAGUUGAAGUUGACUGCUUAACAGGCUCCCAAGGGGAGGAUGCAUUUGUUUGAUUUGGGCACCAUCAGAGCAGGGCCAUUCCUCGUCCACCACCCCUAGAGAAGGCUGCUUCUUUCAAGAUGGCGAGGGCUAGGUUUGUGUAACAUUUAAAGUCGGGCUUUUAGAUUCAAAAGGCUUUUUGAUACAUUAGUUAAGCAGCUUUAUGUCUAAUAAACCUCACCGUUCAUAAUUCUUAUAAAAUCCGCUCAAUUUCAUUGACUAUGUUCUGGAAAAUAUGCAAGUUACAUUGUAAUCCUACCGCGUUUAUUCAAUACGAAACCACCUUAAAAGCACACUGCAAAAAACUACAUCCUUUUGAAGUGGAGUAUUGAAGCACUUUUUAAGUACCGGAGUUAAAAACAUUCAUUUUGUGCUUGACGAGGUGGCCGAGUGGUUAAGGCGAUGGACUGCUAAUCCAUUGUGCUUUGCACGCGUGGGUUCGAAUCCCACCUUCGUCGGUAUAGUGUUUUUGUUGCUUCAACUUUUGAUAAAUCAGAAGCACAGACCCAUGUGCGCAUUCUUAGAAAAUGUAAAGCUGAAACUUCAGUCUUGAGAUCACAGACCCUCAUCAGAAAUGCUGCCAUAUAUUAGAACAUCCCACAUACACGUUGAUAGGUAGUUUCUUCCACAGAUAAAACGUAUUGUGCAACGUAUUAUGCUGUCUGUGUUAUUUUGAAUGGCUUCAAAACAAACGAACCAUGACAUGAUUAGAUUCAGGUAGGUAACCCUGCUGGUCAGACUCAGUCGAAAUAUAUAUAAAAAAUCAAAAAAUCGUCCAGUAGCACCUUAGAGACCAACUAAGUUUGUUCUUGAUAUUAUAAGCUUGAUAUAAGCUUCAUAUGAUCAGGAAGUGUAGAAUACCAACGUGAUGUCACUCGUUUGCCAUUAACUAGUGGAAGAAAGUAAUUUUAAAAGAUGUAUGAAGAGGCAUAGGGUAGAAGAAAAAUUACAAACGCCCGAGCAGGGACUUGAACCCUGGACCCUCAGAUUAAAAGUCUGAUGCUCUACCGACUGAGCUACCCGGGCUCUUCAAACUAAUGUUCCAAAUCAGUUACAAAAAAUAGAAAGUCCCUCGUUACACCCGAUCCAAACCCUGUUGGGCAUUUCAGUGGCUGCUCAGCCUAAGCCUGGCAGAGGGAAAAGAAGUCCUUUAUGCGGGGUUGCCAAAUUAUGUGGGUAAACUGAAUAGACUGAGGAUUCAGCCUAAAUCCCCCACCUUCCUGUGUCAACCACACCUCAGAAAAACUCUGCCUAUCUAAUUUACAGUAAGGUGGCGGUUCAUAAAGGAUUUGUAAACCAUGCAAUUAAAAACUCGCUAUAUAAGGUCUGGGUGAGACUUAGAAGGCUGUUAGAACCGAAAACCCCAUGGUAGGUAUCACCUUUAAAAGUAAUAUCCGUCAAAAAGAAAAAUACGACAGGAAGAUUGGCGACAUACCAGCAGUUCCUAAAGGAGGAACAGGGCCAAUUAAAACUAAGACCAUACAAAGAGGUGACCCAAUACUGCACCACAUGGUUACAAUAUCACCAAAUUGCCCAAAUAUUUAAUCAGGACAAAAUAAUAGGAUUUCAAAAAGAAGAAUUAAAAUUACAGAAAGCAUUAUUACAAAAAAAAAA